CAUAAUAUAUUUGGUUUUAUUUAUUUAUUGUUUUUUUUACGUUUAUUUAAUUAUUUUUUCCCCAGAAUAAAGAAUUAUAUGAGGCUGACGACAGCUUUUGAAGGACACGAAAUGGAAUUUUCAGAACAAAACAUCAAGAACAAAUCCAGAAGAAGAUUUUUCAGAAAGUCAACAAAAACCAACAAAGACAACAAUAAUAACAACACCAACAACAACGAUGAUUAUCUGCAUCUGAAGAACAAGAAGAUCAUGGUCCCUUACGAGCCUUAUGGCGAGCUUAUAUAUGUCAUCAAAAGUUUCCUUGAGAUAAAAGAAAUGAUGGAGGUAACAUCGGGCGAGUAUAUAAAAAACGAGGUUAAAGAAACGAGUCUUAUUGACGAUGAUGAUCUACUGGAUAUUAAAGAAACGAGCCUGACAGAUUGGAGUGAAGAUGAAAGUGAAAAGCUAAGCAAUAAAGGUCUACAUAGUAAUUCUUCGUUCACUGAUAUUUGUGACGAGUUCUCAAAGUUUUUAAGUGAAGAAGGAGAUAUAUCGGAGAUUAAAGAAACGCGACUUACAGACGAUGAUGACGUGAUAUCUAUGCCUAAAGAAACAGACCUACGAGAGGAUAUCACCUUUGAAAUUAAAGAAACAGACCUAACUGAUUUUCACGAUGUUGAGAUUAAAGAAACGGAUUUCAGUCAUGGUAAUAUUAGCACUGACAUUAAAGAAACAGACCUUACUGGAAGUGACGACGACUUUGAUUAUCUCGAUGUUGUCAGUAAUCACUCAAGCGAAAUUAGCAAAAACAAUUUGGUUAACAAAGACAAACAAAACUAUUAUUCCUCGCUGCUUAUUGAAACCGUUGCUAAUUCUUGUGGAGAUAAAUUAUAUGAUGAUAAUACUUUAACUGAUCAUAAAAACAUUACAAUUGAUGAUGGAGAUAAAACGCUAGAGAACGAAGAUGAAACACUUAAUGGUGGAGAUAACUUUUCUGACAGUGUAAAAUUUCAGGACAUCGAGACCGAUUAUUUUGAAACUGAUUGCGAGAACGAAAUUAAGGACUAUGACCACACUAAAAUAAAAUUUCAAGAUUUAGAAAGCGACUUCUUUGAGACGGACUGUGAGACCAUGGAAACUACUGUUAACUCUCGAAAUGGAUAUUUUCAAGACAUUGAAAGUGACUUUUUCGAUGACGGUGAUGAUUCCCCCAUCAAGGAAUCACCAAGCUUAAAUCUCAAAACAAAUAAUCCCCGAACUGAAACUUAUUCCAAAAAGUCCGUGACCGAGAAAAACAAAACGGCUGCUAUGAGCAACACCUUGCUGCGGUCCACCAUUAGUGAACUGGAAAAAGCUCUGAAUGACAGUAAUAUUUUACUCUCUAAAAGAGAUCAAAAAAUUCAAGAUCUCCGCUCGCGAAAUAACGAAUUAACCAGAGGUUUGAACAGAGAGCUUGAUAAUGCGUCACAAAUGAAGUUGUUGCUGCUUGAAAAGGACGCACUCAUAGCUGAACGAGAGGUAAAAAUAUCUGAACUACGAAACGAAAUUAAAACCAUCAACACAGAACUCAUUGAUCUGCGUUUGUAUAAAAUAAACAAUAUAUCUUAUAACGAGUCGAGUACAGAAAUUUCAGACUCCGUAUCGAACGAUAAUUACGGCAGACGAGCGCUGGAAAGCGAAAGAAUGUCAGGGUACAAAAUGGAGAGAAAAUCUUCCAAUGAUAGUCAAAAAGACGUAAGUAAACAACAUCAAUGUCGGUACAAAAGACACCAAAAAGAUCACGUGACGCGAACUGUAAGUAGCGAUAGCAGGUGUUCGCACGAAACAACACGAACAACUGAGUAUCAAUCUGGUACAUCGAGUCCAGUCAUAGAUGAGAAGGUCACGAAGACCGAAUUGUAUUCCAAUUUGCGCAUGAAAUUUAUGAGGGACGCGUUUUUUUAUUACAUGAUUGGGUUUCAUUCGGAUGAGCAGAUCAAUGCGAUUCUUGCCAUUCUUGAUUAUGGAGAUAAAAGACAGGACUUCGUGUUAGAGGCGCACAAAAUGAGAAAACUGGGUAAAAAAUUUAACGUAACAAAAGUCUCAAGUCGUGGGUUAACUUUCGUGCAGGAAGAAGUCAAAUAAAGUAUAAUGAUUUCUUUUGGUAUGCUGGACCAAAACACUUUUAGAUAUUUUUUUCUACAACAAACUGUAAAUAUAUGACAAUAUUAUAUUAAUUUUAUUUAUAUAGAAUUCCAUAAAUAUACCAAGUACA